AUGACGUCCACAACAGCAAUCGUGUCUCACGAGCCUAAAGAGUUCAUGAAACGCGAAUGGACCCUCGACACAGUCGCUCUCAGGCCCCCAGGCGACGAUGAAGUUCUUGUAGAGAUGCACGCCUCGGGAAUUUGUCACACAGAUAUCCUCCUCUCGUCCGUUCCCACCGGUGCGGUUGGUGUUCAAUAUCCGAAAGUUGUCGGCCAUGAAGGUGCCGGUAUCGCUCGAGCAGUUGGCAAAAAUGUCCAGUCUGUCAGCGUGGGAGAUCCCGUUCUUCUAUCAUUCAGCUCCUGCUCUACAUGUAUUCAAUGCCAAGAAUCACACCCCGCAUACUGCGAUACAUUCGGUUAUCGGAAUUACGUCGGACACCAAGAAUCAAUGUCCAUGGAUUCUGACAAAAAGGUUUGGUCCCAGUUUUUCGGACAAUCCAGCUUCGCAAAACAUAGCAUUGUCAACAAGUCUAGUAUUGUGAAUGCUAAAGACCUCAUCAAAGAUCUUGAUGAGUUGAAGCUGUUUGCACCACUAGGUUGUGGCUUUCAGACGGGCAUGGGUGUUAUUCAGAAUAUUACCAUGGCUGUUCCGGGGGAUUCUGUCCUGGUUACGGGUCUUGGUGCUGUUGGGAUGGGGUCUGUUAUAACCGCGGCAAUAGUGGGAUGCAAGACCAUUAUCGCAGUUGAUCGAGUGAAGUCUCGGAUCGAUCUUGCCAAGAAACUUGGUGCUACACAUUCUAUUGAUACGAGCGAGGAGGGCUUCACGACACUAGACGAAGCUGUUCGAAAAUUGAUCUCUACAGGCGUGUCAAUUGCUAUCGAUGCUACCGGUGUACCUGCGAUAAUUGAACAGAGUGUUCAAGCUACGCGUGCUCGUGGUAAAAUGGUAAUUGUCGGCGCACCACCAACGAAUUGGGACUUGAAAAUCCGAGGCGGGCAGCACCUGAACAGUGGGCGCUCUAUUAUGGGGUGUGUUGAGGGCGAUUGUGAUCCCCAAACUGCCAUUCCGCAGCUGGUAAAGUGGUACCGUGAAGGGAAAUUUCCUCUUGAGUCAUUUGUUCGCUACUUUGAUGCUACGGGCUAUGAGACCGCUGUUCAUGGUUUGGAGACUGGGGAGGUUAUCAAGCCAGUAUUAGUGUGGAAACACUGA